CUCAGCGGGCACCAUGAGCUCAUGAUGGGCUUGUCGCCGCCGUCGCCGCACCUGCCGCCCAACCUCCCGCCGCCGCCGCCGCCGGCGCUGGCUCAUAACAUUCAGCACUCGCCGCCGUCUUGGCUGUACGCGCAUGCACAGCGCCAUGGCAUGACCGCGCUGCCGUACCUGUACGACAUCAAAGACGGGUCGUUAUGGGGCCACAGCCCCUCCGCCUCAAACGUGCUCAGCCCCUCGCACUCCCUUGGAUCGUCGGCUGGACAGGCGCAGUACGGCAACAGGUCGAUACCUCCUGUACCCGUGCUGGGACCAAUCGCAGCUGGUUCCGGAGCCAGUGGCGCCGGCCACUCUGGGGGAAUGCAAGCUGGCGGCGGCGGCAGCGGCCACUCUGGCGGGUCGUCGUCUCAGCGCGAAGGCGCCGCCGCGUCGGUUCUUCUUCCGCAUAUGCCCUUCGGGGCCGCAGGGCCACAAGCACAUGGCCACUUGCGAGACCCGCAUGUGGUAAACCUGGAGUACACGCGUGCAAUGGUGGCAGGCAUGGCGGCAGCAGCUCAUGGAGGCGCGGGUCUGCAUGACGUCUCCGCCGGCGUCAGUGGCGGCGGCGGCGGCGCCGUCGGCAGUGCUGGCGUAAGCUGCGGCGGCGGCGCCGGCGGGUCAGUGCUGUCCGACCAGGCUAGCGGGAUACUUCACAUGGACGAUCAGCUGAUGUUCGACGUCGACGGCGGCCCGGGCUCCGUGACGUCCUCCACGUCGCAAUCACGAUUGUCGUACAGCGGGAUGACCUCCGUCAGCGGACCCAGCGGCGUGCCCAGCGCGACGGCCUUUGCUCUUGCGAUACCGCCGCCGCCAGCGAAUCCAGCCUCUGCUGCGUCAGGAAUUCCUCCCGUUGUCAUACAAGAAGCCGCUACGAUGGGGGCGUCCUCGUCGUCGCGUCGGCCGACGGAGGACGGCAGCAAGGCUCCGGCGGUUUGUUGGCAGCCGGACGCCAUCGCUGCCGCAAAGGCGUCAGCGGAGGCGGGCGUUGCUGCCAACGCCGCUAGCGGAGGCAACCGCAUGCGAGCGGCCGUCCCCGUUGCCGUCGGGCCUGUGGUGCUCUCACCCCCGCUAAACAUCGCCGCCGCCGACGUGGCCCUUCCGCAUCAUCAAGAUCCACAGCAGCAACAGCAACACCUGCACCUGCAGCCUCCCCUGGAGGCUGUUAGCCUGUCGGCGCCGGUAGCUACACCAGUAGCUACUGGCACUGGAUCGGCAGCCGCCACAGCCCCGAUUGCCGCCGCCACCGUCGGCAGCGUUGGAAGCAUUGGCAGCGGCGCUGCGCCGCCGGAGGUCCUACAGCAUCUGACCCCUGCGGCCGUAACGCCCACCUCCGUGUCUUCAUCUGGAUCCACGCCGCUGUCUCACAGCCCGCAGGCGCCCCUUAUGGGCCUGGCGGGGCCGCCGGUUUCAAAAGCGGGCUUGGGCAACAGAGCCAGCGACGCCGCCGGCGUUGACGUCAGCAGUUUACCGCAAGCUGCAGCCGUUGACGGCGGCGUUGCUUCGGUCACGUUUACGGCUGGCGGGGAGCUUGCCACGAUGCCAACCCUGACGAUACCGCUACCGCUGGCGCCGCCACCGCCGCCUCCGCGUGUGGCUGAGCCGACGCCUGGUGCACAUCCGCAAUGGGUGCCGACGGCGGCCGCUGCUGCCGCCGCCAUGCCGCCGCCUGCGCUGAUGUCCUUCGCGCCGCCGCCGCCGCCGCAGCUCGUACGGCUGCCUAACCAACGGUACGACCCUCUCGGUACGGCGGCAGCGGCGCGACGGGGAUCCAACUCCGAAACGGCUUCCGGCUUGCCACCGCCCCCGCCGCCGGCAGCGCCUGCAUCGGCGCCUCCGUUGCCACACAUAUCCCCACAGACCGCCGCUGCCGCGGGAUCUCCCGUCGGGGGGCCAGCGUCCGGCGGCAGCACCACCACCACCACCACCGCCAGCGGCCUUCCUGCUCAGCUGUCGCCUUCCUCGCCGUCCUCUGUCUCCGCCCAGCAGCUCCUAGCUGCUGCUAUGGGCGCGCAGCGACGCGAAGGCGCACCGCUGCUGCAGCCCGGCGGCCUCAUCGCCGUGGCGGGAGGCCACCACUCACCUCCCGCGGUGCCCCUGUUGCCCGUGCCCUCGCUGCGCAUGCGGCCUGUACCCGCCGUGGAGCAGCAACAGCAGCAGCAGCUGCCCCGAUGCCCACCCAGUGAAUCCGCCGUGCCUUCAGCUGACGGCCCACCCACACCAUCUGCCUCAGCUCCCGCUGCGGAAAGCGGCGCGUUGCCGUACGCCACAUCUCUGGAUCUCAGCAAAAGCGGCGGUGCCGUACACCUGCCAGGUGCCCCAGCGGGCGAGGUAGUGGGGCUGAGGGAGGCCGAGGGCUUCGAGACAGAAUUGCCACGCGCUGUGCCGUACCAAGACAUGGCUCCGGGUGCAGGAGCGACAACAGCAGCGGGUGUCACAGAGUUGCACGUCGGGGUUGCCCCAGGUCUUCCCCUGUCCCAGCUGCAGCAACCGGCGUCGGAGUCGGACUCUGAAGUCCCAAUGGUUCACGGCAACGCCUCCUCGCCUUCACCGCAUCCGGACCCGCAGCAACAGACAACGCCUAAGAAGCCCGCUCCCUACCGACCGCCCCACCACCCCCUCCAUCAACCGCAACAGCUCGCAUCGCACGCGUCCCACUCGCAUUGGACGAGCGCCGCGAUUGCGCAGGCCGCUGCUGCCGCUGCCGCUGCCACUGCGCCAGCGGCACCCAGCACCCGCAGCGCCAGCUCUUCAUCCGGUAGCAAGCAACCGGGCGGAUCGCAGGCCGGACCGGCCUCUGACGCAGCCAGCCAGCCUGUGAAGCGGCGCACCUCCAGUGAGCAUACCGUCCAGCAGCCCCCACGGCAGGAUGGCGGCGCUGGCGGCGCCGUCGGAAGCACCCACACGGCUGCGGCGCCAGCUGCUCCUGCCCCCGCUGCUGCUGCCCCUUCGCGUGCUGCAGGGACGGUCACGCCUGCUAGCAGCAGCCCGGGCCCCCGCUCCGCCAACCAGCAGCAGCAGCAGCAGCGACAGCAGGCUCAGCAGCGCCAACAGGAGCCGCAACCCGCCCAGUCUUCCACCGCCGGCGGCAGUUCAGCCAUUCGUAGCGCUUUCAGCAACUCGGCAUCUCCAGCUCCCUCCAACCCAGCAGGCGGCGGCGCCUCCGCUGCCAGCGGCGCCUCUUCACCUUCCGCCGCCACGGCCCUCCGCAGCACCUCUUCCGGCGGCGUCAGCAGCUACCUAGCAGCCGCGAUCAACAGCAUCACGGCCGGUAACGGACCCGCCAGCCCAACGACUAGCGGCGCCCCGGCGCCAGCGGCGACCAGUGCGGAUGCAUCACCACCUGCUGCUGCUGCUGCGGUUGUUGCUGCCGGUACGGCAGGCCGCGGGGCGGCAGGUGGUGGCGGCGGCGGCGGGAGCGCUACAGAGGCUUCUUCGGCGCAUGGGGCUUCAGGGGUGCAUGGAGGUCGGCAUGGGGGAUCCGGGAGGGAGCACCAGCACCACCCGCAGCAGGGAGGCGGUCAUAAGGCCGGCGGCGGACGGCCCGGCUCUAGCCAUGAGACCCGAGGGGACGGGGCUGGGGGCGGCGGCGGCGGCGGCGGUGCAGGUGGGGAGCGUUCUAGGGGCCAGCACCACAACCACCACCACCACCACCACAACCAGCAGCAUCAGCAGUCUUCAACGACGGGUUCGUCUUCCCAGGGCAGUCAGGGUCAUGGCCACGGACACGGCCAUGGGCACGGGCACGGCCGGCACGGCGGCCAUGCGCAGGGUGGUGGUGGUGCUGCUGCGGCGGCGUCCGGUGAGGGGUUGCGCGAGGAGGGAGGUCAGGGUCAGGGGCAUGGAUCUGGACCAGCAGCUGGCGGGCAUGCUCGCUCCCAGCAGACCGGUCGCGGGUCGUCCCAUGGAAAGCACCACAACCACAAUCACAAUCAGCAGCACCAACAGCAGCAGCAGCAGCAGGCGGAGGUCUCGGAUCAGCAGCAGGAGCAGGGUCAGGAGUGGCAACGUGUGUCGGGUCGCCGGGGUGGUGGCGGCGGUGGCGGUGGGGGUAAUUCCUCCAGCACCGGGCACCACCAGCAGCACCACCAGCACCCACACCAGCAUGCGGACGCAGAGGGUCGCUGGCAGUCGCGGGGUAGCGGUGGCGCCGGCAGGGGCUACAACUCACAGCAGCAGCAGCAGCACCAAGGGGGG